UAUUGCUUUGUAAGAGGUGGAAAGCGCAACAAGUGCGUGGAAAAAUUUUACAUGAUACAUCAAAAACCUAUUCUUAAUCCACCUAGUGGUGUGAUGAUGCCUUUCUCUUUCAUAGAUACAGUCUCAUUAAAAUUAAAUGGUUUUAUGAACCAAUAGUAGUUUCCGAACGAGCCUCAGUUUGUUAAAAUCGGUUCCAAUAGCAGCUGCAAACGAGCCUAAGAUUGUUGAAAUAAGAUCAGCCAUCUUCGAGAAAAAUGUGCACGAAAAAUUCAACGUGUUUUGUCGAUUACAUCACUUAUACCAUUCUAUCUCCGAAACCAGAAGUGAAUGUCGUUUUAUUUUCGAACUAGAUAAAUGGCCCAAUAGUAGCGCUCAAACGAGUUAAAAAUUUGUGAAAUCAGAUCAGCCAUCUUCGCGAAAAAUAACGCGAAAAAACAACGUAUUCUGUCGGAUACGUCACUUAUACCAUUAAAUCUUCGGAACCAGAAGUCGCAGCCAUUUGAUCCCUUUUCUGCAAAAUAUAAACUGCAAUUCUGAGUGUAUAUGACUUUUUGCGAUUGUUACUUCUGUUACUCUUCACCGGUGUAACAUCGACUGGACACUAUUUAUGUUAUAUAGGGCUGGAAUGCCUAUGAACAGAGUGACGACAGCUGUUCGUUUUUUCGACCUGUCAAAUAGAAUGUAAAGCUAACGAAAUUGCCAACAUUUCGGAUCAAAUGUAUGGAGCUUUUGACAACAUACGGUUGAAUGUUCUCACUCUGGUUAUAGGCACUCUAUGUAGCAGAAGUUUAACAAAAUGCAUCUUUUUAGCAGUGUAAAUAUUUUCCUCACGGUUCAUUUAGCAAACGCUUAAUCGUGGCAGGCUAGUCAAAAUCUGUUUUGAUGAUAGCCUGUCACCAAAAACACGUAUAUAAUGGAGGUGAAUAAUCAAGACACCAGUGGAGAUCAAACUUGCACCAACAACACCAGCGAGUAUCGUUCAACUACAUCGGAUUCCAUGGUUCUUCCUUACUAUGAACUGAGACUACCGUCACACGUGCUGAAUAAAUCUCCCAGCAAGAUUGAGUUCCACCUAAUACAAAAUAACCAGAGGUCUAAGAAGCCCUCUGUUACACGGAAAAACAUCUACACACGAACUCGGUGCGGCGGCGAUUGUACUUCCAGGCGCAACACAAAGGAUCCUCCGAGACCAAAAAUUCGCAAAAGUCUCAAACGAGUCUUCUUCAAUUUCAAUCGCAAGUCUUGUCCGGGAACCGGAACUGAUUUCCCAACUGAAGAAAAGCGUCAGAAUGACGAUACUGACGAAAUUGAAAACAUGGAAAUUUACUAUUUCGAUCAUGGCAGCCCUGAAUUCUAUCGUACAACAGAUUGUCCGCCACAUUUGGUUACUGAAGUUUUAGCUCAAUCAACGUACCACCACGCCACAAAAUUCUGGGCAGAGAUCUUUGGAACGCUCAACAUCGGAGCAACGUUCGUAAUCAGUUUUUGGUUGCAGCUGUACCGUUUUCUACUGUACGGAAUAACCCGACCGAUUCUCGUAGGUGUUCUGCAAAUUACUGCAGAUUACAUGAUCAAACCAUUGCUAGCGGUUGUUUUCAAUGGACUGAUUCAGCCACCAAUAGUGUUUGGGCAAAAUAUUUUAACAGCCUGCGGAGCCAUGCUGGAACCGAUUGCAAAACUUUGCGGUAUUUUUCUACUGCCAAUCGAACGACUUUUGCGAUCUUUCCGAUUUAUCGAAAGCAAAACCAUUAACAAAAAGAUUGUGAAGAAACGAAGAUUCGAUGUUUGACAUUUGUCAAGGCUCAUAAGUAACAGUUGUUAGAAUCGAUUUACCAUCACAUGAGUUUAUGUUACGAAGAAGAGACUAAUCGAUUUAUCUUUCAUU